AGGAAGUCCAAGAUGGCGAUGGACGGAAUGAUGUCCACGUCUCCAGGUCUGACUUAUCAAACCGCCGGAGAUUUUUACCCCCGAAAGUUCGGCCCGAAGCCGGACGUGGUUCCGUCCGGGGUGACGGAACGGAAGGUAGUGCCGCUGGAUAAACCUGACAUGGUGUCAGUGGACGUCAUUAACAUCAAGGAUCCAGAUGUUUCUAUGCACAGAAAGAAACAUGAGCAUGACACCUUUGUCUUGGGUACAAUUCAUCCAUUUAGGAAAUCGCAAAGAUCCAUUUUUGGAAAACUUCUGCAGGAGUUCAGACUGGUGGCCUCCGACAGACGGUCAUGGAGGAUCCUGUUGUUCGGAGCUCUAAACCUGCUGUGUACCGGCUGUCUGCUUAUGUGGUGCAGCUCCACCAACAGCAUGGCUUUAACUGCCUACACUUAUCUUACAAUCUUUGACCUCUUUUGUCUGAUCACCUGUCUCAUCAGCUUCUGGGUGACCAUGAAGAAGCCCAGUCAGGUCUACUCAUUUGGGUUUGAACGACUGGAGGUUUUGGCAGUUUUUGCCUCCACUGUUCUUGUACAGCUGGGAGCCUUGUUCAUCCUGAAGGAAAGUGUGGAGCGCUUCAUGGAGCAGCCUGAGGUCCACACUGGCCGGCUAUUGGUCGGAACCUUCGUUGCCCUCUUCUUUAAUCUUUUGACUUUGCUGUCUGUCAGGAACAAACCAUUUGCCUACGUUUCUGAAGCGGCCAGCAGCAGUUGGCUUCAGGAGCACGUGGCCGACCUGAGUCGAAGUUUGUGCGGCAUCGUUCCAGGUCUCAGCAGUGUUCUGCUGCCUCGUAUGAACCCUUUCGUCCUGAUUAACCUGGCAGGAGCUCUGUCCCUUAGCAUCACCUACAUGCUAAUAGAGAUCAAUAACUACAACGCCGUGGACACAGCAUCAGCCAUCGCCAUCGCCCUCAUGACCUUUGGCACGAUGUAUCCAAUGAGCGUGUACAGUGGGAAAGUCCUGCUGCAGACCACGCCAUCCCAUGUCAUCGGUCAACUUGACAAACUUCUCAGAGAGGUGUCGACUCUGGACGGAGUUCUGGAGGUUCGAAACGAGCACUUCUGGACUGUUGGUUUUGGAUCUUUGGCUGGCUCCGCCCACGUUCGGAUCCGCCGGGAUGCCAACGAGCAGCUUGUUCUGGCCCACGUCACCAACCGACUGCUGCCGCUUGUCUCCACGCUGACAGUGCAGAUCUUUAAAGAUGACUGGACCCGACCUCUUCUGAGCAACACACUGUCCUCCCCAUCUGCUGCACCUUCUCAGCUUCCUACUGAAGGCUACUCCUCAUCCUCUACUUUGCCUCCGGUUUUGUUCCCCUCAGUUGGAGGAGAACUCGACCCGCUAACGUCAACUCCCUCCAAACCCACCAGCCCUCCUCCAGAGUUCUCCUUUGACACUCCUGGGAGGAACAUUCAGCCGCUGGUGCUGCCCACUCCAGGUCACAGAGCCCACAGGCCCUACGAAGGUCUGGGCCUCACCUAUGGAUCAGCGCCAUACACGGGGAUGAUGGGUCAUAGUCUGGUGCGACCCGGGGUGGGGCUGGGACUCGGUGUGCAGGGCCUUGGAACUGGGUUUGGACUUUCUUCCUCUCAAAGCUACAGGACUUCCUUUGGAGGCUCAACAGCCCCAGCCGGAUUUGGCACUAGCAACCCCACAGCCUUUUUGUCACAGAACAGACAGUAUAGACCAUAAUGGUUCUAAAACUUUGCAGAGCUUCAAUUCCUGUUGUAGGAGGCAUGCCAGCACUGCAGCACUUUCUCACAACAGGACAAAAAUGAAACUUUGGGUGAAAAAUCUGAAAGUUUGAUCGUUUAAGGGGCAACGGUAGGAGAGUGUGGUAUUUAUUUAUCUGGCAAUGGGACCAACAGUUCAGUUUUCAUAUCAUUUUUAACAAGUUAUGAAAGUAAAAAACAUAAUUUAUAGAACUG